GCAGUGAAGUGAACGCAAUUGCAGAAGACGAAAUGCUACAUCUCUUAAACGUGUGCUGCAGUGUCAUCUUCUACCUUCCUCCAAGGAGGGAAUUGAACAUUUGCCUCUACAACCAUACCCUGAAUGCUAUGGACAACAUGCUGCAGAUUAUGCUAGACAGCCAUCCCAGCCAUCCCAUCAGCAGCGUCAAUAAUUGGCUGCAGAGUAUCUUGGAGUUGCUGCUGUCCUUCACCUUCUCCGGGGCCAGAAUUGUGCGUGAGAGGGCUAUGAAGCAGGUCUGGAAGCUUUGCGGUUUCAUGGCCAGCACUUUCAGGCAGCAGCUGCUUAGAAGAUUCCUCCGCACUCCUCAGAUUACAGGCAUCGUCCUCAUAACCCUUGAUAAGACCAUUGCUGACUGCAGCUCUGAGGACAAGGAGUAUGCCAGGAUUAUACUGGAUAUGGUUUUGAAAGACCCUGGCACCUGGCUAACAGAAGUGCCAGAGAUUCUGGGGUACCUCUGCAGAAAGCUGAAAAGCAGCAGCACAUCAGUUCAGGCAAUCCUCCCGUCACUGCUUGACGUGCUGGCAUGCCAGUUUCCCAGAGAUGUGUUAACAAGCGUAUUGACCCACCUACCACACAGUGACAGGUACCAGCCCUGACAACCCCCGAGGAGCAGGCGCUCCAUCGCACUGUGCUUUCCAGUGCCAGUGGACCCCUCAGGGCUGCAGCAGCUCACACCCACCAAGGCAGCCCACAGCCUCUCGUCAGGCUCCUGCCCUGCCCCUCGGGG